CGACGUACUAUGAGCUCCUACCUGCAGGUGUGAGCUCCUCGUUGUUGUGGAAGCUCCAACGACAAAAUUUUGAAAGGAGAGCGGAUGCGCAACGCUGGAUCACUUUGUUCAAUGCACACCGUUUAGUUGAGUGGUGACAGUAGCAAUGACUCGGAAGGUAUGGCGGGGGAAAAACGUGCAUCAGUGCCACGACUGCUGAGGCUAAAGUUGGAACCGUCAGUAGGCAUGUCCUUCCUGCUCUGUGACUGUGACGCGAGGAUGUUCCAGAGGAACUGCCCCCCUUUACGCCCGGUCGUACAGCACUGAUGCACUUUUUUGCCUUCAUUCGAGCAAAAGGGGAAAAAGAAGGACGAUGACCUGGACCCCUCUUGGGAUGCAACAAAAUACGAGCAGCUGCUCGAAAAAGAGAGAGCAGAAAUUUAUGCAUGGAAAAUCCUUAGUCAAUGUCAACUCGAACUGGUAAUUUUUUCCCGCUUGCGGGCAGUAGUCACAUAAUUACCAGUAUCGUGUGUGACGUGCGAGGAUUUUUGGAAAUCAUAGAGCAGAUGCUAUUCUGAAAAAAAGGGAGAAGGAGCUCGCAGAGGUUUCAUUUUUAACUUCCGAUGAUGAACUCUUUGCAAAAUAAAAACGUGUAAGCUUUUGGUUUUCUAGCUAGUUCGAGAGCCGCGUGGAAAUUUGUUCUCACAUCACUUACACAGGAGCUGCAAAUCCAGAUCAAUAGAGAAAAGUCAGAGCUGGAGAGGCAGCAAGCCGAAGCAAUCAAGCAGCAUGAGGAGGAGCUAAAAAUUAGGGUAUGACACUUUGUCACCGAACUUUCUAUGAUUGCCUCGGGCAGGUAUCGUAUCUCCUUGAACAAUUUUUUUGUGUUUUGCAUUUGUUACAACCUUGACUCUACUACUACUCAGGAGCAGCGUAUCCUAUUGAAAUCACUCCCCACGACUGGUCCCCAGGUUAGACAGGAGACCAUCCAAAGUCUUGCAUGUUCUAACAAAGUGGUCCGAGCUUUUUUGGGGCGUUUUCAAUUUGAUGCGCUAGCUCCGGGAGAACCUUGAGAGGGAACGGGACGAGCUUGCUGCGAAGGCAGAUGAAGUGGAGCAGCAGGCAACCAAGGAGCGCAAUGACGCCGCUCAGAAAUACUGCAACAUCAAAAAUCACGAGGGCCUAAAGUUGAAAAAACAGGAAAAGGUCCGCAGAUUUCGCAUUUCACUUUAUGUUGUUUUGUUGUAUUUGACAUUUGUAAACGCAUACCAUUCCACCUCAUUCCCUGAAAAAAUAUCAGCUCCUAGAAGAGUACAAGGCAACUGAAGAGCAGCGACUGCAAAAGAAGCUCGAAGAGGAAAAGGACAGCUUCAAAAAGGAGCGACAGGCGAAGCUGCAAGCAGAAAAGAAAAAGUUUCUGGACAAACUUUCGGAAAAGGAGCGGAAACUCUACAGCAAAAAAGUACGAGUUUUCUUUCGCUCCCAUUGUGAUUUUGAUACAAUUUUCAUACGUGUAGUAUGGUUUUUAGCUGCUGUUCUCAUGCGACGAGAAAACGCGUUUAUCUCUGUACGUCCAAUGCAUUCCUAUGACUUUUAGGAAAACGAGAUGCGGGAGUUGCAGCUGAAGAAGGAGGAGGAGCUGAAUAAGCUGAAAAAGCAGGUGGCCAAGGAGAAGCGUGACUACGAGCGGCAAGUCAAGGACGAACUCGAGCGCGAGCUGCUGAAGGAGAAAAAGCAGUGGGAGUCGAAACUCAAGGAGGAAGAGGACCUCACGUUCCAAACGGUCGAGGACGACUGGAUGCUGAUCGACUCCACGCACAGCAUCAUCGACGUGCACGCCACCACGCCGAAGCCUGUGGCGCAAAACGCUUCUACUCCGAGCACUUCGUCUGGGUCGAAAAAAAGCAAUCGGAGCAAGUAGAAGUAGACCACCAGCACGGGAGUCGCUGUUCCUCAGAAGUUCUUCGUUUCUAGUUCAUCGUAAUCUUUCCCGGAUCAUUCUUGCGGCAGUGUAACAAAAGUUAUCCCGUAGCUUGCUGUACAACCAGAUAGUGACGAGAAGAAGGCGGGCGAGUUUUUUUUUCUCGAACAAUGAUCGAGCUCCCGAGUAAAGCCUGCGGAACGGGUCAUCGCAUGGUGGUGCAUAUUGGAAUUUCUUCUUUCCUCGACAACCCGUUUCGAUGGCGUUUUCCUGAUCUUCCAGCUGCGUGAUGAACGAACGGAGGCCGACUUGGAGGUCGUCGUACAGAAUUCAACUCGGACAAUAGAACCCGGCGUUAUCUGCUGGUUUUCUGCUGGCGCUGCGACUACGAAUAGAUACUCCUUGGCUUUCGAACACAGAUGAACUUCCUCAUACGGAGCAGCUACCCCGUCUUUGAAAUUGAUACCACCAAUGCCACUCUUGUAAACUCAAAAACUGCCGCCCGCCUACACUCGAAAUCAAACACAUCAUAGUUCUCUACCGUCUCCUAAAUCCCUGUAUCCAGUUUUGUGGCGUUUUCUCGAAUCGCGAAUUUUGUACCUAAAUUUUUCUGGCAGCGGUAGUUUGGAGCGCGGUCACGCGGCUCAACCAAAUUUAUAUCACUUUUUAACAUUUUUAUGAUGUUUCGCCCCCAGCUACUUCUGCUCUACCAUUUGUUUCCGACUUAUUCUCGUCGACAGCACGUCGUUUUUGAUGUGCAGGUAGGGUCGUGCAAUACAGUGUAAGGAUGGCGUUGGCGAGAAAAUCAAUUGCACAGCACGCAGGUGGUUAUCGAAUGUUAGAACUAGCACUACACUCUCAUUUCUACACAACUCUCUCAAUUCAAUCAUAAGGACAAGGAAGCUAUAACUCUUCACAAAAUUCACAGGAGCGGGGCGGUUAAAAACAAGGCUGCUGUGAAUGGAAAAAGAAUGUACAGGAGCUAGUCACAGGCUGUAAGGACGAUCAGGCAUAAUUAAGCACUCAAAAAAUGUCAUUCCUGGGAGCUCGUACGGUGACUGAAGCUCAGUGAGCAAAGAUUUGUGCAGCUCUCAGAGGGAGAG